AUGCCAUUCAUCAAUACAAAUCAACAACCACAGAAAGAGGAAAAAUACAGAUUUGUGGACGAAAUUUUAUCUGCGCCUGAUUAUUAUCGUGUGCUUGGAAUCAAGAAAGAUGCGCCAACGGAGGAAAUCAGACGAGCUUACAUCAGAAGAAGCAGAGUGUGUCAUCCAGAUAAAUUUGUACCAUCUUACCCUCGAGCAACAGAAAGCUUUCAGAUUCUUUCUAUAGCUUAUGAAACUCUUAGUAAUCCGUCAUCCAAACUACUGUAUGAUGUAUCGAAACACAAAGGCACAUCAACCACAUCUUCUUCAUUUGUUUCUUCAGAUGAUGAUAACCCUAACGAUACGCUACAGCGAGUAUUGCAUCAACUUUUUAAUGAAAUGCUGGAUGGAGAGUUUCAAACCAUGAGAGCAUUUAUACAUGCUCUAAAUGAAACAAAUCCUGGCAUGCAUAUCACAGAGGACGCUAUUCUCCAAAUUGAAUUAGGUUUUCGAAAAAUGCGUGAACUAUUUCAAUCAACACAUCAAUACUACAAAGUCGUACAAUUUGAGCUGAUGAAAUUAUAUGAACUACAGCAUGAAUUACGAACACUGUCUUAUUUCAGUUUAUGGCGACGAAUGCAACUGUCGAUCACAAUAUGCAAAGUACUGCUACAGCUGCCUAUCAUUAUCAAUGCUGAAUCAAAACAGAGACAAUUACUGGAGGACAAAGAUAGCAGCAGUAAAAAGAAACAAGAACAGCGUGGUGGCAUUCUAAAUCAAAAGAUUGAAAAUGCAUUGCAGAUGGCUGUAGGCUUAUUAGAAACGGGCGAGAAAUACACCAAGGCCUGGUAA